CGCUCCCCUCUCCCCCGCCGCCAAAGCUAGCGUUUUUAUCUCGCGGACCGCACGAUUCGAGCAAUUUCCUAGGCGAUUCCCAUUAGCUGCUGUCGGUCUCCGGAGGGUCCGAUUGCAGUCAGUCGCAGGCGCGGAAUCAGGCGCUGGGCGAGAGCUCGGCCCGUGGCCGAUUUCUCGGGAUCGAUUGGGUUUCAUCUGCAAAGGUUGGGGCUUUCUCCGAGGUCGUUGCGACUGGAGGAAGCGGCGGGGCAUGGGGGCGUGGGUUUCGGGCCUGCUUGGGGUGGACGGCGCGGCGGCGGCGGGGCCUGCUGCUGUGGGCCUGGGCGACCUGCCGGAGCUCUGCGUCGCCGAGGUUCUGCUCCGGCUCGACCCGCCGGAGAUCUGCCGGCUCGCCCGGCUCAACCACGCGUUCCGCGGCGCCGCGGGGGCGGACUUCGUGUGGGAGGCCAAGCUGCCGGAGAACUACCGGUACCUGAUGGAGUUAGUCGGGUGCGGCGAGGAGGGGAAGCGGAGGAGGCAGCGGGCCGGGAAGGAGAUCUACGCAAGGCUCGCCAGGCCCGUGCCUUUCGGUGACGGCACGAAGGAAUUCUGGCUGGACAAGAGCAGCGGCAGGAUUUGUAUGGCGUUAUCCUCUAAAGCACUGGUGAUAACUGGGAUUGAUGACAGAAGAUACUGGCAACACAUGCCAACUUCAGAAUCAAGAUUCCGAUCUGUGGCUUACCUUCAGCAAAUCUGGUGGUUUGAGGUGGUUGGGGAAGUUGAUUUCUGUUUCCCUGUUGGAACCUAUAGCUUGUACUUCAGGGUCCAUCUGGGGAAGUUCUAUAAGCGAUUUGGCCACCGUCAUUACAGCUUGGAGCAUGUCCAUGGUUGGGACAAGAAGCCUGUCCAUUUCCAGCUUUCGACCUCAGAUGGUCAGAAUGCAGUAUCUCAAUGCUACUUGAAUGAGCCAGGGAGCUGGGUCUUGUACCAUGUAGGCAAUUUUGUGGCCUCAAAGCCUGACCAGCUGAUGAAGCUGAAGUUUUCGAUGGCGCAGAUCGACUGCACACACACAAAAGGAGGUCUGUGCGUUGACUCUGUGCUUAUUUAUCCGAAGGGGAAGGGAUUUCAGCAAGAGAGAGUGGUCAGGUCUCAGAAAUGAGAUUGUAGAUGUUGUGGAGGUACUUACGGUAGGGUGUUAGACCAAUGCAGCUUGCAGCCUAAUCCUAUUUUUAAUUUGGGCUCUAGUAUGCAACAGAGGAAAGUGUAUAUGAUUGUAGACUCUAAUUUUCUAUGGUCAGUGACAUGAGAGCGCUUUGUCAGUCCUUUCCCAAGGUUGUUUUUUUCCCCUUGAGCUGAACUGAUACUUUGGGCAAUCGAUAAAACUGUACUGAAAUGAGAUCGAAAAUGUUGGUUGGUCA